ACUGCACUAAUCAUUGUCACUGACAUUAGUUGUAUAGCAGCCUUCAACAUGAAUGGUACUGAAAUGAGCGAARUAGAAACUCAAGCGAUGACUGCCAAAGAAAUGCGCUCACUGGCAGAUAAACUACCACGAUUUACCUUGCUCAACAAGGAAUUCUUAAUCUAUCGCGAGGUUUUUAAUCCAGAAAUCGGUCUAGAACAGACGGAAUAUCUAAAUCAAGAGAUGAUGAAGCUUAUUGACGAAGAAAAGGUAAAAAUCCCGAGUGAAGGAACGYUGGAUUUCCUCGAAGUAGGUUGUGGUGCCGGGUACACGUCUGUGCUGGUCGCCUUGGCUUCACCGAAAUGCCAUGUUCUGGCCACGGAUAUCAACGAGGCAGCAGUGAACAACACAAAAGAGAAUUCAAAACUCCAUUUAGUAGAAAACCAAGUCAAGGUUUUGGUAUCUGAUGUUUUUAAUAACAAAGAAAUCAAGGGGAAAAAGUUUGAUAUAAUUUACUGGAACAUUCCYUGGGCUGGACAAUGUACCGACACAUGUCCUGAAGGMGAUAUUCUGCUGCAAAGCCUUAUUGAUCCCGGAUAUCGAUGCUUUCGACGUUAUCUCGCAGAGGCAAGCACCUUUCUSAAGACUACGGGACGACUGCUUGUUAGUUUUUCCUUUAACAUGGGCUCAGAGAAGCUUUUCAAGCGAGUCGCUAGCGAGACAGGAUGGGAUUUUGAGGUCAUCGCAAGUAAAAACUUUCCUUUUGARGUUGAAGGAGGCAUCGUUACUCAAGAGCUGGACGUGAGCGUCGUUGAACUUUUCAAGAAAAACAAAUAACUUGAAUCGUAUUUCGAUUAGUGGAUUGUAUCUGCUUAGUUUUUCCAGAAUCAAAAAUAAAUGUGAAAAAUAUAUUAUAGCGUGGAAUAUGUAAAGUGACGGUGGUUUUCUCGCGGCCUAGUAUGUUUUAGCAGACUUCACAGACUAGCCCAAUGCUGCAAUUCUUGCUCUCAUAGAAUAAUCCAGUUUCGAAUUCUCCAAUGCUCUGUGUUAGCCUCAUUUGUGCGCAAAAUAUUCCUAAUUGUGAG